GAUGUGUGUUUGUUUACAUUUUGUUCGAUUGCGAUUCCGCACGGCCAUCGCGCGCCAUCGCGAUGCUAUUAUUUUCUUUUUUACGUUGUGUUUUGAGUAGAAUUUAGAUCAAAUCUUACUUGCUUGAUUAAGUUUAAGAUAUUUUUGUCUUUGUGAUGCGUUAGUUUAUGUUGUAGCAAACCCGUUUACAGCUUGUGAACCUGGGAAACCUGUUGUGUUCUACUAGCGCAAAGAAGCCUUGGGAGUGCGCUCUCGGUGGGGGAGAUUGCAAGGUGUACAAAAAUAAACUUCCUUCCAACCUUGGGUUGGUGCGCAAAGAAACAGUUCUCCGAUUCGAUAGUGCAUGGUCGCACACGGGCAACAUGCUGCUCAGUAAUAAAAGAUACGGAUUUGUGAUUCUCUUUCUGCUCGUUGUGGAUUGUUUUCAACCGAUUGCUCCUUCGUUUAUUGAGUACAUAUGGCCGACAGAUGAGAGUGCCGAACCAUCGACGGCGAUAGAUGCUUUCCCUUCUGUGCCGUACGAGCUUUCCGAUGCGGAUGAGAGCUUCAUCCGGGAAGCCUCCAAAUGGCUCGGCACGAAGCUUUCCAAGCUGGAUCUCUGCCACCAUCGCAUCAUUUUAAAGCUAAAACACUCCUGCCACGAGCUGAAUGCCGAACAGAUGGGAAAGCUCGCGGUGCUAUUGCUCAACUGUCAGUCCGAUUCGGAGGGCCGUGCGGUGUUUCCGUGCAGCGAAGAAAUGUCGCUCCGUCAGUGUACCGAGCAAAUGGACCCGAACACGUGGAACGCGUACCAUUUGAUCACGAACCGCGUAAAGGCGGUUUGUGCUAGCGUACGGCACGAACAGUUCCGUGGACUUACCGAGCUGACGGUGAACAAGCUCAUGAGUACGGCACACGAGCAGGUGCGUAUGAUGGACGAGCUGGCGGAGAAGCAGUCGCAGCUGCAAACCAUCACAAAGCAAGUGGUUGAGCAGAUGGUGGACAACAAUGAGCGUAUCGUCAGCCAGCAGGGCAACAUCCUGAAGCUGGCCGAGGUGCACCGUGCCAAAGUCGAAUCAAACUAUCGCGAUUUACUGCGCGAGAAGGGCGUCAUUAAGGCCGGACAGCAGGAGGUCGCGGUACUGUUGACGGAUCUGCGCAAACGGAUCGACGAUAGCGUGAACCAGCUGGAGGAGCAAUCGAAACGAAGCAAAGUAAACCAUGGCGCGUUGCUAACCGACCUGGAAGCGUUACAAGCGCACGCAGCUCAAAUAGCGACGAAGAUUGACGAAACGGGAGUUCAUUUCGCGCAGCAUCAUCGGGCCGUUGAAGAGCAGUACGGGUACACGUUGGAGCAGCUGCAGCGCAUCAAUGCCACCGUGGCCAGUAUGCUGGAAUCGAUUCGCACGUUGCAGCACGAUUUCAAUCGUCAGCUGGCGUGGCUGGUGGAAAAGCUCGGUGGUGGUGAGAAGAUUCUGCCAAAGUUGAACAUCAUUCUGCUGCACAUCGGAUACCUGCUGCUGGGUAUGAUUUGUCUCGCGUUUGUCGGAGCGGACAAGCUGUUACGUUUUGUAUUUGUUGCUGCCGUGCCGGGGAACCUGAUCGGUGGGCUGAUGGAGCUUUUCGAACCGGACGUGUUGCGCCUAUCGGUUGGGUUGGGCUGUGUUGCAGUGGUGGAUUUGCUGUCUCGCUUGGUUAUGAAGCUUCUGGCAGUUCGUCGUUCCCCAUCGAAGCAACCCGUGGUGGAAGAACGCUCUGAUCAGAGCAGACAGCAACGGUCAGAAGUACUCAGAUCUACGAAUGGACACAGAGUUGUACGUCCCGCUGAAGACAGUGAAGAGGAGGAAAGUGAACCAGAGGGGCUGAGACAUCGGGAGCGCUUCAGUCGAGAAAAAUCAACCAACCCUAACCUGGUCGAUACCGUUCGGCGUAGUGUGUCACGGCUAGGGGAGGAUUUCCCAAGACGACGCAGUAUGACCCCGGCGGAGAGAGCGCUUGGCAUAACCAACCAGUGUACUGCUCGAACGAUCCGAGGAGGCGAAUGUCGUGCUUUCACAAUGCAUGGCUCUGAGUUUUGCCGCUUGCAUCAGCCGAGAGGAGUUUAGUGAAAGGGUACGUACGUACGCAUGUUGAAUUUAUUUAUUUUUCUUGGUUGAGAAGGGUUUGGAUGGGUGUGUGUUGACCAUGUCAUAGGGUUUGUUAAAGUUUUUUUUUUUUUGUUGGCCUCGCUAAUUUAGAAAA